AUGGCGCCCACCCGUCCUCCAGCCCAGCCGUUCUCCAAGGACGAGAAGGUUCUCUGCUUCCAUGGCGAGAUGUUGUACGAGGCCAAGAUUCUCGACGUCCAGCCUGCCGAUAGUGGUGAGGGCUUUCAAUACCGCAUUCACUACAAGGGCUGGAAGAACACCUGGGACGACUGGGUUUCUAUCGACCGCAUCCGCAAGUUCACUGAGGAAAACAAGGAGCUCGCCAGCACGCUACACGCUCAGAUGAAGGACUUGCGCCAGAAGAACAGCGCGAAAGCCCCCAAGAAGGGCCUCCGUGUCAAUGGCCCCGAUUCCGCUCGCGGCAGUGAAGAGCGAACUGCAGCGGUAGCCGCCAGUGGACGUGGUCCUCGACGGGCGAGGGACUUCGACCUUGAGCAGAGUGGCUGGAGAGGCAAGAAGGGAUGA